AUGCCUGGUGCGCAUACGUUCUACGAUGGCUCUACAAUUCUUGAGCCGAUCGCCACCUAUUGUGGCGUUUCGGUUGAUAAGAUGAAUUUCGCGAUAUGUAUGUUUUCAUCACUUCCACUGGCAUACGUUUACAAGCGUUUCAUGGCGCCUUUCACUGUGUCGCGUCAAACAAGGGCCUUAUUUCCGUUGUUGGUCGGAAUCGUAUUCUACUAUUUCUGCUUUGGACGGUAG